AAUACAAAUAGAGAUACAUAGAUACAUUUCUGCGUGGAGUUGCAGAUACUUGUAGAGAUGGCUGCUUUCCCGCAGAGCAGCUGCAGUCGUAGCAGGGGCAUAUUUCCGUUGAGGCUACUGCUGCUGCUCCUGCUUGCCGAUCUGAGUUUCUCGGCUGAGGAGCAUCCACAUCGUCAUUCGCACAAUGCCACAACAAUGAGUCCGACUCCAGCUCCGACUCCGAUUCGCAGCAGCCGGCAUAAUCAGCAGCAACGUUUGCAGCAAUUGGAUGCUUUGGGCUUCGAGUUGGUGCAACACCAACAACAUCAUCAUCAACAUCGUCUGCAUCAUUUGAGGCACGAGCAGCAUUUGCGCGAGGAGCUUAGCAACAGGCAGCCACCGGUGGCUACUGUCAAACAGCAACCAGCUCCAUUCCAAAUGGAAUUGGAGCAGUUGCAACUGCUGAGCACUGGGCCGGGGCAGCAACAUCAUUUGCGGCAUCACAAUCGUCAUCAUGUUGCCUGGGAGCAGCGUGUCUUUCCCGGGCAGACAACAACAACUGCAAAACCCAAUUCGAUCACCACAGAUGCACCCAAUCUGCUCACUAAUAAUGAUAAUAAAAGUCCCAAUAUUUCCACACGCUAUUUUGAUCGCGAUGGCAUUUAUCCGGCUGCUUGGAUGCAACCACAACAUGCCACACGUGCACCCAACUGGCGACAGCAGCUGAUCGAUAGCGAUGAGGAUGAUAUUGAUGAGGAGGACGAUGACGAUGAGGAUGCGGAGGAUGAGGAUGACGAGGAGGCCUACGAUGAUGCCGCUGAGAAUGAGGAAAGUUUGCGUGCCGCUGCCGAGUUGGCCAAACAAAUGCCACGUUACUCGUUCUUCAGUCAAAAGUUGCCACAGAUCAGUUCCAAUGAGGAGGAUUACGAUGAGUUCGAUGUGGAGCAGGUGGGCAGCCACAAGAGGGCAACCAAUCGGCAUCCCAGCAUCUCGGCGGGGCACACUAAAGCCGCCGCCAAGCGAAACAUCUUCGAUUGGUUCUUCAAAGGCAAAAAGGAGAAAGUGAAACAAACCACAACCGAGAGACCCAAAAUUCAGGAGGGACAGGAGCAGAAGGAUCCACUGGAUGCGUCACCCAACAAUGGUUACUCCAAUGAGCAGUGGAAUAAAAUUGAGCACGAGCAUCAUUUGAUGAAGCAGCAGCAUCAGAAGGAGUUGCAAGCGUUGCGAGACAGCAGUCGGAAUCGAAAUGUGCCACUGAUAAGAAAUGUGGCAUUGGCACGCGGCAACAUUGAUAAUGAGGAUAUCGACAACAAUAAUUACGCAAGGAAUAAUCACAUUACUGGCACGUUGACGGAACGCAAGGAGAAAUUGUUGGGCAGACCGGAAGCUGUGAUCGAUGCGCGUCGCCAGCUCGAGAAGGACAGGGCGCUGGCCAACAAGCAUAUGGAGGAAAUCAGUUGCGAUAAAUCAUGCCUCCUGCCACAGAAACGUUAUGUGUCUGUAGCCAGCGAUCCCUCCAAGAUCUACACCCCCCACUGCACCAGUGUUUACCGUUGCGCGGAGGACUCAGGCUGCUGCGCCAGACGCACGGAGAUCUGUGCCCCAAAACGAAGCCACAAAUUCGAGAGACGCGUUCAUGUGAAGGGACCCAAGGACAGACAUUCCACAGUGGAGACAUUGAUCCUUGUCAAUCACACUGAAUGCCACUGCAUCGAGCGAAGCAACUACUAUGCCGAGGGAGUGUUGCAAUCCAAUAAUCCGGGCCUGCUGCAACGUGCCACAAUUUUGAACUGCAAUUGCCCGGCGCCCUUCGAGAAGAUCCUCCAGGAUAAUGACCAGUGUCGCUGCGACUGCUCCUCGGGCAACGAUGGCUGCGAAUUCCUCAAGAGCGGACGCGAACACUUCUCCAUGAAAAAUCGCAAAUGCAUACAACAUGGUCACUGCAAGCCGCCCACCUGUCAGUAUGGGGAGUAUAUGAAGAAGCAUGGACGUUGCCCCAAUCAGCAGGAGCAGCUGCCCCAACACCAGCAGUUGAGCUACAAUACUUUGUCGUAAAUGAAGUAUACGCCGGAUAGAACCGAACGGGAAGCGGAACUUAAGUAUUAGUCUAAGAGCUGUUUGACAAGAAGUGGAAUCAGACAAGAGAAACGAGUUCGAAGCUCGAAUUCGUUUCAGCUGCCUGGCGAUUGAGUAAAGAAAAAGAAAGAGAUAGAGAAAGGGGAAGGGGAAGAGAGAGGUGAAUUUAGUUGCAUAUCCUAUCCGAAUACGAGAAACAUAUAUCCGCUGAUCGAAAUUAGUUAAUCAAUUAGCUAACACACAUUUUUUGCCCUUAACAGAUCAUCUUAAAUAGCUGUAAAAAAUACACAACAAAAAUAAAUAAAACGACUUUUAAAUUAGUAUUGUUCAUUGCAGUUCAAAUAAAGAGUUCCACUUUGGCAAGCCGAAGAUGUAAUACCCUUACUAAAUGUAUUAUUCAUCGAAUAUAAAGUAGUCCGAUCCAGUCGCAUACAUAUAUAUUUAUCCAGCUGAGAGAUUGCUUAACGAACAGAAAUGUUUCAUAGAUCAGAUAUAUAUAUAUAUACACACAUAUAUACUUAAUGGCAUCGAAUAUAUUUCCAUCCAGGCGUUACACAGUUGUAAUACCCACUGUAAGGGUAUCCAAACGAAUGCAUAUUAUUAUAAUACUAAAGAAAAAACAAACAAACAAACUCAAUAAGU